AUGGAUCCUCUAGACAAAAAGCGCAGUGCUAAUAUCAUCAGCCGAGCAUUGCGUGAAUAUUUGCGUUUAUUACAAGACAGACCUAUUGUUACAAAAGCUGCAACAAAUGCUGUGGUUGCUGGACUAGGAAACAUUAUAUCCCAGAUUCUGGCUCCGGACCAGUCGACAGCUGGAAAGAUCAACUGGAGAAGUGUGUUUGCCUACACCUCAUUCGGGUUUUUUGUCAAUGGGCCUCUAAUUCACCACUUCUACAUUUUUCUGGAGAAAGCCUUUCCCAGAGACAAACCAGGGGCUGCUCUGAAACGUGUUCUGUUUGACAGACUUGUGUUUGCUCCACCUCUGCUGCUGCUGUUUUUGUACUAUGCUUCAAUCAUUGAGGGUGUUGGCAAUAAGGGAGCUGUGAAGAGGAUCAAAGACACUUACUGGAUGAUUCUUCGGUUAAACUGGACGGUGUGGUCACUGAUACAGUAUGUCAACAUUAAUUACAUUCCUUUGAAGUAUCGUACCUUGUUUGGAAAUUUCUUUGCCCUGAUUUGGAUGAUCUUCAUUUCAAUUAAGCGGAGACAGGCGACUAAGUGA